CUUUAUUAAAUUUUAUACAUCCAACGAUGGUAAGCAUCAGCAUUGAUUUAAUUCAAAAUUACAAUCGGGUGGUCGUGUCCGCUUAGGCAACACCGCUUAUGAUAUAAAUAAUGGAUUGACAAUUGUGUCAAAAUACCAAAACAAACCAUGUGAUGUUAUCAAGUAAAAGUACAGAUGAUAAGUUCAACAAAUAAACAGAAAUGAUUCAUUAAGUUCCUGACUCCCACAAUGUACAACACACUCCGUACUCAGCACAAUGGGAACGAAUAAAGAAAAAUUAAACGAGUUUUUUAGACCGGUACCUCCUCCGCAUUUGAGUAAGGAAAACGUCGCCGUAUGGGUAGGAUGGAGCUUGAAGGGCGACAGAGAAGUGGCAAGGGAAGCAGCUGCCAAAGGAUUGCAUUUGGACUUGGUGGCUAUAUUUUUAACACUGAGAAGAAAAACGACACCAAAUGGGGCUAAAGAGUGGUUUGAAAAAGAAGUGUUGAUCUGGGUAGAUGAAUUGUUGUCUCGUAAACAAAUUUUCAGAGCUUCACAUAUUUUAAAAAACAUUGGACUCAAUCCUGAAGCUGAAUUGGAAAAAAUAUUUUACUCAACUAGUAAUAAGGAACUAAGAGAUUACAUUGGACAACACUUGGAAAAAAAUGAGAAGCUGUCUGAUAAAAAUUCAUCCCUUUGGCAUCUAUUGGAGUUGAUUUUGAAGAACAACAUUCUUAUUUCAAAAUACAAAUUAGAGGACACCAGUUUAAAAUAUUUAGAUAACAGAGAUGAUAAUUGUAAACAUGAAAUAGCAGCUAAAUUAUUUAUUCGUACACAUGAUCUUAAAUUGCUGCCUUUUUUAACGGCCGAAAGUUUAUGGAGACAAUUAAUUAUUUAUAAUGAUACAAAAUUAUUAAAAGCUUGGAUAAAUAUUAAUUUUAACACCAAAAAAGAUCAUUAUAUAUCUGAUAAUUUACUACAAAUAUUCAAAUUUCCUAUUUCAAGUGAUAUGUUAAACUUGUUAAGUGAUAAAAUAUGUUCUCCAACAACCAAUGAAAUUAUUUUAAAUGAAUUUAGUAAAUUUGGAAUUUUCUGCAGUGCAGAUUUUAAUAACUUUCAAAAUAUUUUAGUGAGAUUAAGUGCUUGUGAUAAUAUUUGGAAAAUGUAUGAUAUUUUCUCAAAAAACACAUCAAAUAUCAAUGUUAAUUCUUUUUUAAGUCUGCUGCAUAAUUAUUGUAUGGACAAUAAAUUUUAUAAUUGUUUAAGUACAUGCCUGAAGCCAUUUGAUAUAACAGCUGUUAUGGAAUUGACAAAUUCAGCUCAUUUAAAAUUAAUUAAUCAGUUUCAGAAUUUAGUUCAAGAAAAUUUCAGGGAAGACUUAUUAAGUAGUAAUAUUUUGAGAGUGUCAGAUUUCUUAUCUGACAAUAUAGUUCAAUUCAUGACUGAUAAUUAUGAUGUACUCUUAGCUUUAAUUAUAUUUACCAAUGACAUUCAAUUUCAAGAUGUUAUUGACACAAAAUCUCUUAAGAUUAAUGAUAUUGAAUUAUAUCCUGCAUUGGAAAAAAAUCUUUAUUCUUUACAAUUAUUUCAAAAAAUUAUAAACAAAAAGUCUGUAAAACCUAUGAAUACACUUACCUAUUAUAAACUCUUGGAAAAUAAUUUACAAGUGGAUAUAAAAGAAUUAUAUGCAUUUAGAUACAGAAACAUACCACUUCCAAAUUUUAAUGAUGCUGAAAUAGUACAAAAAUAUGGCUAUUCAAAACAAGUCAAUUAUUUAUUUUAUUUAAAACAAUGUAGGCCUAGCUUGGCAGCCACUUUGGUUGGUGCAACUGAGGAUAAGCAGUUAAUAGUGACAAAAGCUACAAAGCUAGCUAUCAAGAACUUUUCCGAUGUUGAAAUAACGGCUAGUUGCAUCUCCUUUAUGGAAAUGAUUGAUGUUGACUCCACUUUCCUCAGAGUAACAAUACAAGCGGCCAACAUAUUGUCUUCAAGCUGCGAUACGGAUUACAUUAUUGAUUUAUUCUUGAAAGUCAAUGAGGAUCCUCACAAAGUUCUCCAUAAACUUGAAAGUGUCGUUGUGGGCAGCAUCAAUUUCAAAGAUUUGAGCAACGAGGAUGUUCUGGUAGAUGCCAUGCAAAAAUACGAAAUCGUAUGCCAGUUUUGCUCCAUUCAUAAUAUCAAGUUGCCCGAACAGUUUUUAAAAAAUUGUGCCUCUUACAACAUGUGGUUGCCCUUUCUAAUCUUCGCCCAAUUGAAGAACUACCCAACAGAACAGAUUAAAUCGACGUUGCAGUCACUAAAAAGUCCCAACCUUCUGGAGCAUAUAAUUCAUAGCGUUAGUCACGACAUCCAAAUCGAUGAUCACGACGUCCUGAUGAAGGAACGCGACUCGAGAAAGUCGUUUUUCUCCCGCAUUGGUCUGAAAAAAACCGUGGACAGUGUGGAUGGUAUGUAUUCCAGUAUUACCUCACAAUCCAGUUUCGGGAGCGCUGACAGUUCCACCGGCUCCGAAUUGUUGGAGAUUGAUAUAAUGAAUACGAAGGCCACGUUGUUGCAAACAUUAAUCAGGUGUCAUAACAGUACUGAUCCACCCAGAGCAUUAUUGCAGGCAUGUCAGUUGUACAGGUAUCCACUUUUAGCUGUAUUGGCGACAAGCUACGAGCCGGACUCGGUCAUAACCAAUUGGCUCACUUGGUUGGCGGUUUCUACGGAAAUGUGCCAGACCUUUACUAACUAUGAAACGGUAGCUCUUUGUUCAAAGUCAGUUACCACCCUGUUACAUGGCGCUAUGAUGAGACAGUACCCGAAAACAUUAUUACAGAGCUUCGAAAUAUUCAUUCCUGAUUGUCCAUUGAGGCCAUUCUUGGAGUUCCUCAAUCUAUGUAUUAACCUUAACAGCGACAUUUACUUGCUGGAUACAAAACUGGCUUCGUUCUCCGAUGCUUUGAACAAGUCACGUAGGAACAGCGUACUAACGGACACCGACCACGAAUUAACUUAUUUAAAAAACAAAACUUGGCUAGAAACAACCGCUUUACAUUUGUUGUGCGCCAUGUUGCAGUACAACUGCAAGUCCUUGAACGAGGAGAUCUCCAUACUGAAACUGUUGUGCGAUUUAAAGAUCAGCAAAUAUUUCACUAUAGAUUUUCCCAACAUAGAAAAUCUCUAUGAAAUUUUGUAUCUGGUGAGCAAAUCCAAUUGUAACGUUAAGUUUGAUGUCAGCCUCAUGUUACACGUUGCUGAAAGUCGCAAAGCUGUUGUGGACUGUAUCAACAAACUACUCGAUUUGAAUCAAUUCGAAAUCGCAGUAAAAGUUGCUUACAUAGAAGGACUACCGGUAGAUAUAAUAUUAAUCAAAGAAUGGCAAUACAAAUACAAAAACAGAGACUCCAAUGACACCCAGUUUUGGGAAGUUUGUAACACAUCUUUGGCGGAACACAGUGUAACGGCUGAUUGUGUGAUAGAUUUCUACUUAGACUGUUUGAAAACAAUCCAUAAUAACUUGGAGAAGUAUCACCUGCUAAAGUAUGCCUUCCAGUGGGCUUUGAAAUUUGAUCUGUCUUGUCAGUAUAACAUAGAAAUGGAUAUGUGGUUAGCUUUUAUGCAUUUGGAAGAGAAGAAUAAAUCAUACGAGGACUUUAAUGUGGUAACACAUCACUUAUUAUACAAAGACAUGCUAGAUAAAUUAGAGAACAUUGUACCCUGUAAAGAAACACUAACCAAAGAUAAUAAUAAUUAUUUAUGUAAGAUGUUGAUAGAGUCAUUGAACAGAGGCAACUUUUGGCUGGCUUUAAAAUUGGAACGCAUGUUCGGAUGUAAAAAUGCAGAUAUGGAAAUACUGAAAUUGUGCUUUUCCUUAGCGGAAGGUAUAUUGUUGCCAUUUCAGUUGAACACCCAACAAAGAUUGUUGCUGGCAAAGGGGGGAAACUUUCGCAAACUCAGCUACAGAAGAACUUACUUGUCUUCCAGGAUUUCUAAUGUCAGCUCUGCAUCUCAUUCUCCUGCGACGGCGUCUUCUUUUAUCCAAGGAUCGGAUGGUGUUGAUGCUCCUUUACAAGACACCUUGGCGAUGUUACAUUCUUUAACCGAAAAAUUGACUUACGGCUCUCAAAUGGCUUACCGAAUAUUCAUGUCUUAUAGGAUCAGUGUUAAUAUUGAAAUUCCAUACCAGGUUUUCGUGCUGCAUACAGAUUAUAUGAAGAUGUUGAAGGAUGCAUUAGAAGAUGACUGUAUGAAUAAAUUAGAAGUCAUACACGAUUUCAUCACCGUAUUUAAGUGGACAAAGGAAGAGAUUUCCGAUUUUAUCUGUGAGGAAAUUGUCCAAGCCGCUUCUGCCUACGUGAAAUCCAAUAUUGACAUUUUCACUCUUUGGGACCUGAAUGUUAACGAAAAUUAUCACCUGGUUCUGCAACUGCUACAGGACAAUUGCUCUCUAUUAGGCUAUAAAAUCUAUACGUACGCUAGUGCAGUUCAUAAAGUACAAAUUACUGCAUCUUCAGAAUCCAAAGUCAAGAUUAGUGAGCUUGCUUUGGUUAUUGAGUUGUUGAUACUGGCCCAUAACUGCUUCACAACCGAUUGCAACAUGGAAGGGAUAUCUAUCAUACUCAAAAAGUGUCAGAGCGUUAUAUCCAAUUUGCUGACGUUACGUAGUUGGAAACUGAUAGUAAGGUUGUUGACCGGAGUAGCUCGCUACACUGAGAUGAGUUACGUAUUUCAGAUAUUGCGCGAGAACGACCAGUUCGAAUUCCUUCUAAGAAAAGGUUCUCGCAAUGACAACGCUUUAAAAGUGGCCCUAUUGGAAUACUUAAAGAAAUACUGUCCAGAUAAUCGAGAAUUAUAUAAAAUAGUUGCUCUUCACUUCACCUUAUUCUCGGAAGUUGCUCAACUUUGGGAGAGGGAAGCUCAAAGUGUCAUAAAAAAUCUAAUCGAAAUUUCUAAAAUGGAGAUGCAAAACAAUAAAAUUAAUCCAGAUAACGAGCCUUUCGUUUUACUGUCCAACAGCGAGAGUACCAAAUUAUGUCUGCACAAAGCUAUAGAAAAUUACACUCAUGCUACCGAAUUCCAUCUGCAAGGCGAAAAGCUUGCUAAAGCCAUGCGUUCGGCUAAUCAAGUCGAAUUAUUAGCUCUUCAAGUCUCAAUACUAAAUAAACUUCCACCAAAUGGAACUGCUAAUUGUAUCUUGAAUGUGACUAGUUUGCAGAUCACUGGACUUAUCACCAAUUAUCUCAGUUUCGAACAAGCUUACAUUCUCAUCCAGGCAUACAACUUUCAGCCUGAUUGGUCGUCUGUGUUGUUCGAACAAUGUAUCCUCAAACAGAACAUGAAUUAUUUAUGCCAGUUCAUGAACCACUUACCUUUAAGUGACACAUUGGUACACGAUAUAUCCAGGAAAUUUUUGAGCGCUAACAUUAACAAGUCUGCGGAAUUAAUCUGUAUGAAAAACAUUUUGGAAAAACUGUCUUCUGUGCACACUAAAUAUAGAAUUGCUAGUGAAUUAGGAUUUACAGAUUUAGUCGAGGAUUUAUUGUCGAAGGGGCAGUUGGCUUAUUUAAAAGACACAGUGUGGAAGAAAGGAUAUAAAAGUUGAUUAUUCCAUAUUAAUUUUAUUCCACAUUCUUGUUUUCUUUAAAACUGAUAGUAGUUAAGACUCGAAUAUAUACAUAAGUCUUGAAUAUAUUGGUUAUAUUAUAUUUAUAUGUUAUUGUAUUUGACCUGUGAUUUCUCAAACAAAUAUAUUUUUACUACGUUAA